AUGACGGAGACGACCUCACAAGAAGGCUGGAAGGCGUUCUUGGAGUUGGAGAAAAAGGCAAAUAAAGCACUGAAACAGCAGCCUUGUGAGUCUACGCCUGAAGCUAUCGCAAACCCGUCGUGCCUGACCCAUUCGUGUAGUGGACACCGAGAAUCUCGCAGCGAUUUGGGAUGCGCGACCGGAAGAGGCCUCCCUUGACGAAAUAAUCAAUCUUUCCACACAGCUCAGUCAUAGCCGUGAUUUGCUCCGCAAGAGGAGACGAGAAUACAAGAGCAACACUGAAGCCGCGGGACUGAGCGCUGGAGAGAAGCCACAAUUCGUCGCGAAUAACUAUUCACACGUAUUGCCAUUGUACGAGGAGCUCCUACAGGCCUUGAACAGUCUUCGGGCAUGGAGAGAACAACUCCCUCAUGGACACGCGGCGUUGCAGUAUCUCGACAAGCAGAUCCGUAAACACACAAAACGGCAAGGAAAGUUGUCGAAUAAGCUUGUCGCCCUCGUGAAUGAGAUCAAGGAAUAUGACGACGAGAUAGCGAGGCACGCAGCGGAAUAUCCUGAACACAAGGGCUGGGUGCUGGUUGAAUCGUUGGGAUCCGGCACGCACGGAAAUGUACGCUUGUACGUGAGGCAGAAUGCCUUUGGUGUCAUUGUUGAUGUAGGUGUCCCAUGCUCACUGGAUCACCGCGUUGCUGACAUAUUCCUGACAGCGAGUGGCCGCGAAAGAUUCCUCGAUUGCGACACUCGAGGCCUCGCAAUUGAAUGAUAGCAAGACGAUACCGAACGAGUAAGUCUCAUCGCUCUCAGCUUCUCCAAACAGCCUCCCUCACGCGGGGUGGUUUGAAUGGGCUAUCUCUCAACCCGAACUCUAGCCCGAUUGCUUGAGAGAUGGUUGCGUGCCUUGCGUACCAUGUGCUGAUCUGCAUCCUAGAAUCACGGCCAUGUAUUCCCUACGCCCGCUGAUCGGAUCCGAUUGCAUUGUCCAGAUUCACAAUCACAGUUUGCAGUCUGAGAGAGGAAGUUACACAAUAUACACGGAAUACUGCGGUUUAGGGACCCUGGAAGAACUCGCGCGCAUGUACGGUAAGCCUUUUGAUGAGGGAAUGAAUGAGGCUAGGAGAAUCGAGCCGAGAUCAGAUCACCCCGAUGGAGAUGACCUGAACCAGCAUGAAAAGGAUCAGGAAGAAAUCUCCGGCCUAGGUGAAGAAGUGGGUAGAGGAGCAGGAGACGCCGAGCAAGAAGGGUCAGAUCAGGGGGUUGGGGGCGACAGGGAAGACGAAGAAGAAAGGCCAAAGGACAAUUCCCCUCAGCAGAAGAUUGACCGUUCGUUCUGGAUCCCCGAGCCGUUCAUAUGGGCCCAAUUGGAGCAGCUCUGCAUUGCUGGACUGUUGAUGGAAAGAGGCGAUCUGGAAGGGACGCCCACAGAAUGGUCACUGAUACUGCACCGCGACAUCCGCCUCCCUAACAUCUGCCUCCGCAACAACACCGGCGAGACUUAUAGAGGGUAUCCUCUGGGUAAGCUGGGCAAUUUCGCGACCUCUGCCAUAAUACCUCCCGGAGAACAAGCGUCUUGGGCUCACUACAGGCUGGUGAACUCGGAGAGGGCACACACGGCGCCGGAACUGUGUAUCCCAGAACUCCACGGUAGAGGAACUGCCGGACCAAGACUCACAUCCAAAGCUAAUGUCUGGGCCGUCGGCGACCUCAUCUGGAGCCUCAUCACGUUGCGUGACCACGACCGGAAACGUUCCAGCCUUCCUCGGAAUAAUAAUCCCCCGGAGCUCGUUCAUGAGGAUUUCGACGAGGAGGCGCAAGCAAAGUAUAGCAAAGAGCUUCGAGAACUCGUCAUGCGUUGCGUGGGCUACUCUCCUGACGAGCGUCCGAGCUUUGACCAGCUCCUGAGAAAGAUACGAAGGAAUACGGGCGAUGGUGGGAAGCGAGAUUAUGCGCGUGGUUUGAGAAACGCUCCUGCUGGGCAUGGACGCUUCAACAAGUAUGCCUUGCGGACUGCGAGGGAGGAAUGGAUGUUGAGGAUGGUGCUGGCGAAGGAAUGGGCAGUCAGAAAGUCGGGAUCACGUUCACCUCCGCCGCCGCCUUCUGGCAACGACUCCUCUGACUCUAGUUUCGAUGGCGAUGAGGAAAAUGGUGCAGGCGCUUCCCACGGCAAUGCUUCUCCACGGGGCAGACCACGGGCGGGCGGCAACAACAUCCAAGGUCAAGCGCGUCAAGGGCGUCAAACGUCACGCUCGCCUCGCUCAGGCCCGAGGCAAAGCACUGAACUAAUCACGAUGCCACGUCGGGAAGCGCCAUCACCAUUACCUUCGGAGGAAGACUCGGAUUCUACAGGGCUCGAACAGCCUCCGCGAAGAAAUCGAACGCCAUCCCUGAGGCCUCCGGCUGCUUCCAACCAUCCAUCUCCGGCGCAACAACCUGCCAAGAGCCCUUCCAAGAGGCGCCGCGGUGCGAGGGACGCUGAACCCCCGAGGCGGCAGCCUCAGCCGUCAGCUACAGCAGGCGCUGCUCAAAGCUCUGGCAAACGACCUGCUCCCACGACUACCGGCGGGAAAACAGUACCUGACGGCCCCAAGCCCAAAAAGCAGAAGACGAGGAAGACAUCGAUGGAGCGGCUAGCGGAAUCUGGCACAAUAAUCGGAGGACAGGAUGGUGGAAGAGCGCUGCGACGGAGGCCGCGUUGA